UCUGACAUGUGAGGAAACAGGUCCACCCAGAUCAGAAAGUGUUUCCAUCCCCAAGAUGGGGCACUUUAGCCAGCCAACGAAAUUGAGGAAAAGAGCUUUCGGACGAGAGAAAGCUCCUAAUGUUUGGGCCAAUAAAAGGCAGGUCUCGAUCCAAGUGGCGCAGAUUACGGUUCUAACAGGUCGACGGAAUGGUUCAAGGCACAGAAGAAAGCACCACCGAGCAGUUCCCAGUGUGGAUGACGCAGGAGCUGUUCCGGGAGUUUCUGGACCGCGAUUUUCCGGAUCUCAAGACUAUCAAGUCUUUCCAGCUUGAAACUACAGGAGGAAAAGGGGAAAACUACACAACUCUACUUUUGAGGGCCAACUUCGAGUUAGAACUUAAAGAUGGCUCCCAGCAGAGCACCUCCUACAUGGUCAAAAUCUUGCCCAACAACGGCAAUCGGCAGAAUGUGAAAACAUGGCAGUUGUUUGAGAAGGAGGGAACCACCUAUGGACAGUAUGUCCCCGAGUUUGAGCAGAUGUACAGGGAUGCUGGCACUGAAAUUACCUUUGGAGCACACUACUACGAGUUCAAGGAGCCACUGGACGAGGAGGUCAUAGUGCUGGAGGACUUGGGCAGACGGGGAUUCCGGAACGUGAACCGACAGAUGGGUUUGGACUUGGCGCACUCCGAAGCCGUGUUGGCAAAGCUGGCACAGUUCCAUGCUGCCUCCGCCGUGCGAUACCAGCUCAAGGGAGCCUUUCCGGCUGUUUACGAUCGGAACCUUUGCAGCAAGCAGGAUGACUUUAAAGAAUUUCGAAACACUCAAAUCAAGGCUUUUGUCGAAGCGAUGCCUCUGUAUGAGGCCUCCGAUUUGGCCCAGUCGGUGGAAUCCUUUGGCAGACAAGCUGAGGAUAUGUUCCAGCAAUAUGCUCCCCAAAUCGAGGGAGAGUUCCGUGUCCUGAAUCACGGAGAUGCUUGGUGCAACAACUUUAUGUUUCAGUACGAUGAAACGACGGGGAAACUGAGCGAAAUAUACUUUGUGGAUCUGCAGAUGAGUCGGUUCUCUUCGCCGGCCCAGGAUUUGCUCUAUUUUAUCCUCUCCUCGACGCAGCUGGACAUUAAGAUAGCCAAGUUCGAUUACUUGAUCAAGUAUUACCACGACAAGCUCACGGAAAACCUGAAGUUGCUGAAGUAUCCCAAGCAGCUGCCUUCGCUGAGAAGCCUUCACCAAUCAAUCUUCAGAUAUGGCGACUGGAUUCUCCCCAUUAUCACUGUUUUGCUGCCCAUUGUCCUGGUUGAUGGCAGCGAUGAUGCCAAUAUGGACUCCAUGAUGGAUUCAGAGGGAUCCGGUGAGAAGUUCCGCAACAAUCUGUUUAAGAACCCUCGUAUUAUCCGAAACCUGAAGGAGAUUCUUCCCUGGGCCCAUCGUCGUGGGGCAUUUGAAAUCACCAAAUAAAAUGUUCAAACUGUUAAGAUUACUAAGUAAACACAACAAUUUGUUAUCAGUCUAUAUACCUUUAUCUAUGAGCUUUGUUUUGAGUAAAAAG